AAAAUGUCAUCACUCUGCAGUGAAAUCUCAGCCUAAAAAGUCCAACAAUCGGAGCUUAACUCAAAUUUACAAGCUAAGACAUAUAAAUGUUAUCUCCACGCUUUGUGCUCCUCUUCACAAUCGCUGGGUUAGAGUUGCUAACCUUUGCAAAUGGGGAUCCCAUGAUAGAGGUCUUCAAAUGGAAACAGAUGGACUUCUAUAAUCGGGGGAAUGGAUAUAAGGACUUGUGGAGCAGGUUAUGCAUUCCUGAUCUGCAUGUCUACGGUUCCACUGCCUGCUUGGGCGAAUCCCAACCCGAUAACAAUCGUAACGGAACCUUCAUUCAAUACAACAAUGUGCCUCAGGGUGUAACUCACUUCCGAGGACGCCUCUUUGUGACAACACCCCGACGACAACCGGGCAUCCCGUCCACCUUGAACUACAUUGAUCUUGACAAGGACGGUUGGAACCCUAGUCCCUAUCUUCGGGCCUAUCCCAACUUUGCCCUAAAUCAGUUCAAUGCAAGUGCUGAGGGUCUAGUAUCCGUCUAUAGAACCUCAGUGGAUGUCUGCCAACGUCUGUGGUUUGUCGACACUGGAAUGCUGGAGUACCCAAAUAAUCGCCAGCAAAUCAAGCGUCCCAGUAUUUGGGUUAUCGAUUUGACCACCGAUCAGGUUCUAAAGCGCUUUGAGAUUCCACAGAGUAUAGUCGAGAUUGGGCGGGGAUUAGCUAGCAUAACAGUCGAUGUAAGAGCACGUAACUGCGGAGAUGCCUAUGCCUAUAUUCCGGAUUUGGUCAAUCGCCGAUUGCACGUUUACCAUUUGCAAAGCGAUAGGAUCUGGUCCUUCGUGCACAACUCUUUUAACUUUGAUCCACUUUCUGAUGAUCUAAACAUUGGUGGGCAAAAAUUCCGCUGGGAUGAUGGCAUCUUCUCGACUACUCUGGGACCAUAUCUAAACGAUGGCAGCCGAGAUGUCUACUUCCAUGCCAUGGCCAGUACAAAUGAGUUUGUGGUGUCCAACCGUGUUCUGCAGCAGGAGUCCAAUGCAGCACGCUCCGAUCAUGGUAAUGAUUUUCGGCUCCUUGGAAGCCGUGGUCCAUCCUCUCAGUCAACGAUGCAUAAGUUCGAUCCUAAAACGGGAGUGAUCUUCUUCGCCGAGGUCCAGAAAAGUGGUGUUGGCUGCUGGCAGAUCAGGAAGCCGUUUUCGUCAGAAAACAUUGGAUCUGUCUAUUCCAAUGCUACGGAGAUGAUCUAUCCAAGCGACUUGACGAUUGACGAGGAGGGAACCAUUUGGGUGAUGUCCAACUCCAUGCCUAUCUUUGUGUACUCAACGUUGGAUAGGGAGAAGUUUAAUUUCCGGAUCUGGAAACAAAAGGGAGCGCUUGCGAAGAGGGGAACAGUUUGUGAGUGAUUGUGUGGAAUUGCUUUAAUGAAUGUUUCUCAAGUUCGUUACAUAAGUAAUAAUAUUGUUUUAUCAAUAAUUACCCACUGAAACUUAUAUAUAAAAUAAAUCAAAAAGCAUUUACAAAUGUA